AUGAAUAAUUUUACUGGAGCGAAUUUUCUUCGUCAAAGACUGGUUUUGUCAACAAUUACAGGUCAGGAAUUAAAUAUUAGAAGUAUUAGAUCAGAUGAUAUAUUAAAUAAAGGAUUAAAUGAAGCUGAAACAAGUCUUCUACAUCUGUUGGAUAAGGUUACUGAUGGAUCAAGUUUUAAAAUCAGUGAAUCCGGUACAAGUUUAUAUUAUAGACCUGGAAUUAUAAUAGGGGGGGGCACAAGACAAAUACCGAUUAUACAUAAGUGUCACCCAAGUAGAGCUCUAUCAUAUUAUAUUGAGUUUCUUUUAAUGAUAUGCCCAUUUGGCAAAAGUCCAUUAACCAUAAAAUUAGAAGGUUCAACAGAUAAUAGCGGUGUAGAUCACUCAAUCGAUAUUAUUCGUAUGGUUACGAUUCCCCUGAUUCAGAAAUUAUCUGGUAUAACUGAAGAAUUUUUUUUAAAAAUAAAUAGAAGAAGCGUUUCUCCAUCUUCAAGUGGGUCUGUUUUGCUUAAUAUACCUAUAAUGAAGAAGAUUGAGCCAAUUAUAAUGAGUGGUGAUAUUGGGAGAGUUAAGAGGAUUCGUGGUAUUGUUUGGUAUACUGGUGCUACUUCAAAUCAAAUUACUAUGAAGAUGAUUUCUAAGGCAAGGAGUGUUUUAAAUAGAUUUAUACCAGAUGUAUGGAUAUAUAAUGAUCAACCGAAAAUAGAUUCUUCUAAUAACCAAGAAGAAAAUACAGGAUUUGGAAUGACUUUAAUAUCUGAGACUUUAAAAGGAGUUAUUAAAGGUGCUGAUUUCUCUUUCUCAUCAAAUUCUAAUAACUUACAGGAGAUCUUAGAUUUGCAAUCUCACUAUAGUGAAGAUGAGGUUAAAGAUGAUUCUGAACUCAAAGUUGAAGAUGAUGUAACUGAUAUUAGUGACGAUGUUUUUUAUUUUGAUGAUGAUAUUGAAAAUAUGACUGAAUGGGAAAGAAUUGGAUGGUUAACAGCUACUAGAUUACUUCUAGAAAUAGAUUCACAGAGCCUAGUUGAUACAGGUCAUCAAAUUUAUACACUUUUGUUUAUGGCUCUUUCUCAAGAUUCAAGUAAAUCUGAACUUAAGCUAUCAAAGCUUACACCAAUGAGCGUCCAGUUUUUACGUGAUUUGAAAUUAUUUACAAAUGUUGAAUUUGAUAUUAAGGAAGAUUUUGAAAAUGGUGGAAUUGUUAUUUUAUCAUGCACAGGAAUAGGGUUACCUAAUUUUGCGAGAAAAGCUAUUUAA